AUGAAGGACCCAGAAACUGGAGCAGAGAUAAAAGGACGGGAUAGGGAACCAAGAAGGGUGGUGGAAGAGGAUUUGGAAGAGGAGGAGGUGGCUGCAUUUAGACCAAGGCGGCAGACACAAGAUCACAUCUACACUAGAAGAACAAUAACUGAGAAGAACAAAACGGACCUUUAUCUCACGUUUCUCGAUAUUAAAACUGCUUUUGACACCGUGGCAAAGCAGUACGUCUGGAAAGCACUGGAAGCAAAGAGGGUGCUGAUGAAACUGAUUGAUUCCGUGAAAAGUGUGUAUGAACAACCAGUGGGAGUGGCUUGUAUUGAUGGUGAAGUAUCAGGAGGAUUUUCACUGGGGAAAGGGAUCAAGGAACGUCUUAGUCUCAGUCCCCUACUCAUUGAAAUCUUUCUCGAUGAAGUAACGAAAACAUGCAAGAGGUGA